AUGGAAGACUGGGUACAAGGACAAAAAGACCUAAAUGAGGGUGUAAAAAUGUUCGAUUGGGGUCGAUGGAUUUCAAAAGGCAUCGGUGUGUGGCCUCUAGCCCCCAAUGAUUACUUAUUUGCCGUUACUUUCUCAUACUUCACCAUAGUGAUGAUCCUAGAAUUUGUAGAUCUUUACACGUGUCUCGGAAAUUUCGAAAAAGUUAUCGACAAUCUCACCGAAAACUUGGCGUUUGUCCAUAUAUACGUGCGUACUUUGAUGUUGCGGGUGCAUAUUGAUGAGUUGCGGUACGUAAUCACCGAAUCGCUAAAUGAUUACAAGGUGAGUGCUUUCCGAAAUUCCAUCGAAAUAAAAAUAUUCAUGAGCCACAUCAACAAAGGCAAACUAUUUGCAAAAGUAGUUCUUACUUUUAUUGCAAUGACUGAAAUUACCUGGUAUUUGCAACCGUUGACAACUCCAGCUUCUCCAAUUGAGAGUGACAACGAAACAGUGCAGUUUUUGUUACCGUAUCACUUUUAUGUUUUCUAUGAAAUGAAUGGCUUCCUUAGUUAUGUUUUGACAUACCUUUCCCAUGGACCACAUGUUGUCAUCAGCGGGUUUGGUCAUAUGACAUCAGAUUGUUUUUUGAUAAUCCUUGUGUUUCAUUUGAGCGGCAGAUUGGCUGUUUUGGCCGAGAGGAUCAACACACUGAAAGAAGAACCAGAAAUAUAUAAGAUUAAACUCAAGAGUAUUAUUAAAGAACACAUGCGGUUGUUGAAAAUGGGAGAAAAUAUUCGAGAAGCAUUCGCUACUGCGUUAUUGGCGUAUUUAUUGAACGGCACGAUACUUUUAUGUAUAAUUGGUUACCAGAUACUCGUCAAUUUCAUGACUGGACCGAACUCGGAUUUAAUGCAAUACUUUAUUUUUAUAUUUGCAACCUAUUUUAUAAUCACUGUAUUCUGCAUCGUCAGUGAGCGUCUUAUUACAGAGAGCAACAAAGUCACUGAAGCUUUUUGGAAUAGCGAGUGGUACACAAUGGAACGCGAGUAUGUAAAUGACAUAAUAUUCUGCAUUUCAAGAUCUCAGAAAUCACUCGCAUUGCAAGCUGGAAAAUUUGCAUUCUUUGGUAAUGGAACAUUAACCGAAGUGACAAAGACAGCCAUGGGUUACUUGUCAGUGUUAAGAAAUUUUCUAAUUGUCAAUUAA